AUGAACAUCAAGAUUAUUGAUUCUCUCUGUUUCAUCCCAAUGAAACUCGCCGCCUUCCCGAAAACGUUUGGUCUCACAGAGCUUCAGAAAGGUUACUUCCCUCAUUUCUUUAACCGUGCUGAGAACCAAGACUACGUGGGACCUCUUCCAGACUCGAAGUUCUACGAUCCUGAUGGCAUGAGCAGCGAUGACCGAGAAAAGUUUUAUUCAUGGUACAACGAGCAAGUCCGGCGUCAGUACGAGUUCGACUUUCAAGCCGAAAUUCGUCGAUAUUGUCAAUCCGAUGUGGACAUUUUGCGUCGCUGCUGUCUCGAGUUCCGCGAACUUUUCAGCCAAAUCACAGAUGUUGACCCUUUUGCCUCUUGUCUCACCAUUGCUUCUGCGUGUAAUCUCGUCUUCCGUAAAACGUUCCUCCAGGAGAACACCAUCGCCGUCAUUCCUCCUUGCGGGUACAAGCCUGAAAACAAACAGUCCGUCAUCGCCUUGAAGAUGCUGGCCUGGGUUGCUCAACGUGAUAACAUUGCCAUUCGUCACGCCCGGAACACGGAGAGCAGCGCAUUGGCAAGUAUCUUGUCGAUGGUUUCAACGUUGAGACAAACACUGUUUGGGAAAUUCAAGGAUGCCUGUGGCAUGGAUGCGAAAGGUGUUAUGCCAGAGAUACCGUGA